AGCAUAUUUUUGGAACUUCUUUGCGACAUCGACAAAACAUAUCUCAGCUGACUAUCUGGGCGGCGGUCUCGUCCUCCACGAAAUUCUUUUUCCCCCUUUGAUCUGGUGGCCGUUAGAGGCGAAUUGUCCGAUCGAUAAUCACUUGCAAGAUGAGCGAAGGACGCGACGGUGACGACGAUAUCCUCGGCGACUACUGGAUUACGUCCUGGGAGCAGCAGGCCGUUCAGGAAUUGGAGAACGAGCAGGACCAUCAGCAGAGCCUUCAUGCCGAGGCCGAUGCAGCCAACGAGAAAAUGUGGAUCCUUUUUCAGAAUGCUGCACAGUGCGUGGCCGUCAUGUACAAAGGUGCAGCAGAUAGUCAAAAUUCAAUGUGGGUCCCUUUCCAGACUGCUGCAGGCCAUAUAACAGCGCUAUAUAAAGAUUCUGUAGAACACCUGCGACGGAGUGGUGAGUUAGGAGUUCAAGCUGGCUACCAGCGACGCACAAGGGAAGUUUUAAAUUGGGCCAGAAGAAGAAGGCAUUUUCGCCGUGAAGAAUUAAUAGCUUUUCUUGCUGGAAAAUCGCCACCACCCAAGACAUCACAUCUCAGAGGCUCUCCACGGACACGAAUCACCUUGGAACGAAUAAGCCCACGGCUACCUAGCCCACACCAUCAUGCGCAUAUGCAUUCACACAAUCCUGAUCCAGAACUCACCACUUUCAGAGAAGCACUAGGAAUAUCUGGUCAGCCUGGUCUCAAUGUGAGGCCCCAGCCAGUUGGUUCUCCUACUUUAUCGUCACGUCGUCGAAAUUCUACGCAUUUGCCCGAGUUACAAGCAUUUUUGUGUGAUGAAUUUGCAAGAAAUAAGCGCCCAGCACCUUCUUCGUCUCCAACGCACGAUGUCACUAUGGACUCACCUCAACACAAACGCUCUCGUUUUACAUAAAAAAAAUUUAUGUAUUCCAGUUAUCACCAACCUCUUUCAUUGUGCCUAAGAACCUAAGUUGAACGGGUGAAAUUUCCUUUACUGUGAGACUAGCAUGUCAUCCCGUGUUAGAUCUUGGCGUGAAUGAUUCAGGUGACUUUUGUUAUUUCUUUUCAGUGGAAUGGUAUGUGAACACAGAAAAGGAAGUGCUUUGUUUUACUUUUAAAAUAGGACUUUAACAGGAAACCGGUUUGGCAUUAAAAGCUAUGUUAGUGAAUUGUGGGCAAGCAUACUAGUAAUACUGGGAGAAACCUUGUGAAAUUGACAUGUAAAUGAAAUAUCUCUGGUUUUUUAGGAAUUUUACUUUUAUAGGCAAACAAUUCAAUUGUAAUCCCCUUGUAAAUUUUUUUAAAAUGCUAGAUUUUGUAAUGGGAUCUAGGAUGGAAAGUGAUUGAAUCUGAUGAUGAUAAACCUGUACAGUAUUUUACAAAAACAGUAUGGAAUCAUAGUGUCCAUUAAGGGUUACAUAGAAUUUGUCUAUAUAUCUCCCACAAGCAUGCUGUUGACCAGGACUCACUUAAAGUGGAAUCGCUCGUAUUUUAAUGUUUAUCAUUCUCAGCAUUGAAGCAUGACGUGAAAUUUGGAUAUGCCUGACUGGAAUUUUGGAAAUUUUGUUUGAACCCUUUAUGUGUA